GGGGAGAAGGGGAUUAACCCUGGCACUGCUGCCAGGCGGCGGCUCCGGGCGCCAGCAGCAGCGGGAUGAAGGCGUUAACUCGGGCGCGGAGCGAUCGCUUUCUCUCCCCCUCCCCCCUCUUAUUGCUCGCUCGCUUUCUUUGCCAUAAUUAGCCCACUUUAACACCAAAAAAGAAGGAGGAGGAGGAGGGCUUCUCCGAGCGAUGCCGGCAGCGCUUUUUCCUUUCUCUCUCCCGGGAAGAAUCAUCCCGAAGCUGCUCUGAGCACAAAGCAGGCCCAUUCCCAAGCUUCCCGCAAGAUCCUGCCAAAGGGGGAUCCCGGGAGCUGCUGCAGCAGCUGUGGCUGGACCACGCACCGCCCCCCAGCCCGCUGCCAGCGCUGGGUGGGAUGUAGCUGCAGCCGCUGCAGCCGAUGGGCAUCGCCGGUCCGAAGGGCUGGCAGGUGCCAGGCUGGAGGAGGAGGGCUGCCUGCUCAGCAGUUUCCGCGGUCCAGAGGGUGAUGGAAGCGAGGCUCGCAGCAUGUCCGCAUUGAUCUGAAACCCAGGCAGCAGCAGCCAGCUGCAGCGAGCCGGAGCGAGGGCUGCGGGGAGCUCACCAUGAAGGAGCAGCUCUCUGCCUCCACCAGCGCCUGACUGGAUGGAUGCUUUUGUCUGAGCAGCCAGGGGACGACCAGCCGAGACCUCGCUCUUCCCAGCGCUUCGGCAACUUUGAGGUUUGGGGGGGGGGGGGAGGGGGGAGAGAGAGGGGAGCUGCUCUCCUCCCGAGCAUCGCAGCUCCAAACCCCCCUCGGCUACUUCUGGGAGUUGGAGGUCCGAGGGGGAGGUUUCCCCCGGGGGACGUUUGGGGCGGCUGCGAGGGGGCUGCCACCUGGACGGCUGAACCUAACGGGGGAGGGAAGGGCACGAUGCAAGUGUCCAUCGCCUGCACGGAGCACAACUUGAAGAGUCGAAAUGGUGACGACAGGCUCAUCAGCAAGCAGAACAGCACGACCCCCAACGUAGUGAACGCAGCCCGGGCCAAAUUCCGGACGGUGGCGAUUAUCGCUCGCAGCCUGGGGACCUUCACCCCUCAGCAUCACAUCUCGCUCAAAGAAUCCACCGCAAAGCAAACGGGCAUGAAAUAUAGGAACCUUGGAAAAUCUGGGCUGAGAGUCUCGUGCCUGGGGCUGGGUACAUGGGUGACUUUUGGAGGUCAGAUCUCAGAUGAGGUGGCAGAGCAGCUGAUGACCAUCGCCUAUGAGAGCGGCGUCAACCUCUUCGACACGGCCGAGGUCUACGCGGCUGGCAAGGCUGAGGUCAUCUUGGGGAACAUCCUGAAGAAGAAGGGCUGGAGGAGGUCCAGUCUGGUCAUAACCACAAAGCUCUACUGGGGUGGAAAAGCUGAGACAGAAAGAGGCCUCUCCAGAAAACACAUCAUUGAAGGGCUGAAGGCUUCUCUCCAGAGGCUGCAGCUGGAGUAUGUGGAUGUGGUCUUCGCCAACCGCCCGGACAACAACACCCCCAUGGAAGAGAUCGUCCGGGCCAUGACACAUGUCAUCAACCAGGGCAUGGCCAUGUACUGGGGCACGUCGCGCUGGAGCGCCAUGGAGAUCAUGGAAGCCUACUCGGUGGCCAGGCAGUUCAACAUGAUCCCCCCGGUGUGCGAGCAAGCCGAGUACCAUCUCUUCCAGAGGGAGAAGGUGGAGGUGCAGCUGCCUGAGUUAUACCAUAAAAUAGGAGUGGGAGCCAUGACCUGGUCUCCACUAGCCUGUGGGAUCAUCUCAGGGAAAUAUGGCAAUGGGGUCCCAGAGAGCUCAAGGGCUGCCCUGAAGUGCUACCAGUGGCUGAAGGAGAAGAUCAUCAGCGAGGAGGGCAGGAAGCAGCAGGGCAAGCUGAAGGACCUGUCGCCCAUCGCCGAGCGCCUGGGCUGCACGCUGCCGCAGCUGGCCGUCGCAUGGUGCCUGAGAAACGAAGGGGUCAGCUCUGUGCUCUUAGGAUCUUCCAACCCAGAGCAGCUGAUAGAGAACCUCGGAGCCAUACAGGUCCUCCCAAAGAUGACCUCCCACAUUGUAAACGAGAUAGACAACAUCCUGGGGAACAAGCCCUACAGCAAGAAGGACUACAGGUCCUAACGUGCUGCAUGAGCUCCUCGGCCUGCAUGGUCUCCAAAGUGCUCUGGACACCAGUACAGCCCUGACUUAACUCUUGAGAAUCCUUCAGCAGCUUGGUGUCUUCUCCUGGCACUGGAUCCUUCCAGCUGCCUGCUCUUGCUCCUAACCUGCAGUGACAUUUCAAAGCACACUCACUCUCUCUCUCCUUCUCUUUCCCUUGCCCUUUCUCUUUAUCUUUCUUUCUCCUUCUCUCUUUAGCUCCCUUUGGCCCUCUCCCCCUCUCCUUGCUCCCUUUGGCCCUCUCCCCCUCUCCUUGCUCCCUUUGGCCCUCUCCCCCUCUCCUUGCUCCCUUUGGCCCUCUCCCCCUCUCCUUGCUCCCUUUGGCCCUCUCCCCCUCUCCUUGCUCCCUUUGGCCCUCUCCCCCUCUCCUUGCUCCCUUUGGCCCUCUCCCCCUCUCCUUGCUCCCUUUGGCCCUCUCCCCCUCUCCUUGCUCCCUUUGGCCCUCUCCCUUCCUCUCCUCUAACCAAGGGCAAGAUUGGGAUUUUCUCAC